UAUGAAAUAUAAGUAAAAAUGAAUCUACGUAAGAAAUUUGUAUCAGCUCUAUGUUUAUUUUUUCUUUUUUUAUGCAUAUGGAUUAUUUCAAGUUCUAACAAUGAAAUGAAAGAUUCAUUGCUUGUUCAAAAAAGGAAUUAUGUUUAUAUGGAAAACUUUAUUCUUUCACCAUCAGAGAUAUAUUGCGAAAGAAGUUCCUUCUUAACAAUAAUAGUGACAUCAUAUGUUGGUCAUGUUGAACUAAGAAGUGCACAUAGAAGAGCUAUGCCGUCUACUCUUCUAGAGUCCAUGAACAUAACAAGAGUAUUUUUACUGUCAAAAAUACCAGCAGAUGAAAAGUAUAUAACUCAAGAGGCUGUUAAGAAUGAGCAUAGUAUUUUUGAUGACAUAUUACAAGGUUCGUUUGUAGAAAAUUAUAGAAAUCUCACAUUGAAGCACUUAAUGGGAUUGAGAUGGGCUAGUAGUGUGUGUAAACCAACCUACAUAUUAAAGGUUGAUGAUGACACUGUAUUUAACUUGGAGAGAACUUACAAAUUACUGCUGAGCCUUGGUAUACAGGAAACUUUAUUAAUGGGCUACAUGUUAAACAAUACUGUACCUAGAAGAAAUACAGAGAAUAAGUGGUAUGUUACACAUCAAGAAUAUAAUUUGAACAAAUAUCCAACAUAUUUAUCAGGAUGGUAUUAUAUAACCACAACAAGUGUUGCAAGCAAACUAUGCGAUGUUGCACUAUAUCAAUCUCAUCACUUUUGGAUAGAUGAUAUUUACAUCACUGGAAUUCUAAGCAACAUAAUAGGAGUGAAACUAAAGCAAGUUCCUAAAGAUUUUUGGCUUGAAUAUUAUGAACUUCUCGAAUGCUGUAUGACAGAUAUGAUUAAAAAGCUAAUAAGAUGUAAUUAUGUAGUUGGUCCUAAUGGUGGCAGGAAUAAUUUAAUUUUCGAAUUCAAUGAAUCCUUAAGAAACUGUGAUAAACAGAAAAAUUGUGUAGAACGGUCUGUUGGUAGACCAUUAAAAGAUUUAUGUGUAGUUUACAGAGAGAGGGAUAUUUUUAGUAAUGGCAGAGGGGAAGUGAAGCAGAUUUAA